AUGGAGGCUGAAAGUGCUUUAGAAAUGCAAGAGGAGCAAGGUACCGUACAAACAGAUAGAGGACAAGAUGGACCCCCCACAUCCAUGAAUCCAGGGAGCUUUGAAAACUAUUCACAAGUCAUCUUCCCAAACAUAAACAAUUCUUAUCCACCUAAAACUGAUAUUCUAUGCACCUUUCACAAAAGAAACAAAUUCAAGUCUGGCACCAAAGACUGGAUAGGAAUUUUUAAGGUUGGAUGGCAAAACACAAAAGAAUAUUACACAUGGGUUUCACUGUCAACAAGUGUGGAUAACCAAGUUUUAUUCAAAGCCUAUUAUCUGCCCAAGGAUGAUGAAGACUAUCAGUUCUGCUAUGUGGACCAGAAUGGAGAUGUUCGAGGAGUCAGUACCCCUUUCCAGUUUACAGUGAAUGAGGAUGAAAAUGAAAUUGUGAUGGUGACAACAAUGAAAGAAAAUCAGGAUAUGAAUGAGAUGCUCAAGACCCAAAAGGCUGAGUUACAGUCUGCUACAGAGAAGAUCACCACACUGGAGAAGGAAAAUAUGGAUUUACUAUGCCAAGUGAAGAGCGCUGAAGGGGAAAAAGAGAUGCUGACGAGAAAACAACUUGAAUUAGACAUGGAAGUGUAUAAAUUGCGGGAUUUCGAGAAAGAAUUAAAGCAAAAAUUUGAGGCUGAAAAUAAACAGUUGCAGGAUUUGCAAAUCAAAGUGAAGAACCUUGAAGAGGAAAAUGAGACAUGGCAUAGAAAGAACCUGGAAUCAGAGCUGCUACUGAAUAAAGUGCAGAAUUUAGAAAGAGAAUUAAAUCAAAAGAUCAAGGAUCUGGAAAACAUUAAGGCUGAAAAUAAACAGCUGCAGAGUGACAACGAAGCCAAGCAACAAGCAGUAGAGAACCUCAGUGAUCUUUUAGAUAACUGUAAAAAGAGGUCACCAAAAUGACAGCUAAACUUGAGGUGCAAACAGGUAUUUCAGAAUCAGACAAGAGACAGAAAGAGGAAUUUCAGCGUUCACUGGAGGUGGAGAAAAGCAAGGUACUGGACCUGGAGAGCAAUUUAACAAAGACUAGAACAAUGCUCAGAAGAGCAGAAGAUGAUGUAUCCAAAUUUCAACAGCAGCUGACUUUACAGCAGAAAGAAAAUGCAACUAAAGAUGAAGAAAUAAAAAAAAAUACAUUUAGAUAUUGCUCAUCUUCAAGGAAAUGAAACCAAGCUGAAAGACAAGUGUGAGGAACAUAUGCAGAUAAUAUCGAAUGAAAAGAAGGUGAAGGCCGACUUAGAACAAAUGCUGAACAGACAGAACAAGAAAUUGUUGGACUUGGAAAAUAAAAUAAAAGAGCUUAAAACAGACCUCAGAUCUGCUGAAGAGACCAGGACCAGCAUGGAACAGAAGCUGGCAGAGGAGCAGGAUGAAAACAGGAAAAAUAAAGAGCAUAUUAUGGUAUUACAGAGCACUGUUGAACUGAGAGAGGUAGAAAUUGCAGAUCUGAAUGAAAUAACUGAGAGAAAGCAAGCAGAAGUAGCUGAGCUGAACAGUCAACUUUUAAGGGAACGUUUUGCAGCCUCUGGUUCGUUUUCCCCCACCUCUCAGGCCCAUGGACUGGUCUAUGGGAAUCCAUAUCAAGAAUUUUCUCCAAGGAGCUUAACACAGAAUGAACCACUUGGGCACAGAUUGGAUCAAGAAGAGCUACAAAUACCGACAAUACAGGUUUGCCCAUAUUGUUCUGUAGAGUUCCAAGAUGGACAAGUGUAUGAGGAUCAUGUGAUGUGUCACAGUAUUGAAGAUGAUAACUAA